CUGAAGGUAUAAAUCCCGGAAUCGAAACCAAGAGAUCAGAUACGUUCAGAUCACUGUUAAAUUACACCAAUGUUUCGCAAUAUAUCGGUAUUGCUUGUCUGCUCUGUUUUUACACAAUGCUUGGCGAAUCCAGAUUGCUCUCAGCCACCUAAAACUGAAGUUUUCACUGACUGCUGCGCUCAAGCAGGGAUCAUGAAGGACAUUUUGAAGGACUGCAACAAGAAAUUUCCUCCCCAGGCUAACCACGAUAACUUUUGCAAUGGUGAAUGUGUAUUCAACGAAACAGGGAUUUCAGUCAACGGAGUAAUUCAGAAAGAUAAGCUUCCUGUGAUUCUUGCAGAGUUCUAUCAAGAUAUGCUGGAUGUUGUCCCGAUAGCUAUCGAGAUGAUUGGCAAAUGUACCAGAAUGGUUGAACCUGAACUUGUGAGAGUCCUGGAAAAUAAACCUGACAAAGCUGACGAUUGCAACCCCCUACCAGCGUUGUUAUCUAAGUGUUUUUUCACGGAAAUGUUUCUACACUGUCCCGCGUCGAUUUGGCAGAAUACGGAAAACUGCAAUCAUGCCAAGGAGUUUUUGAAACAUUGUCCAAAGCAUCAAGGAUGAAAAUUAUGAAUUGAAGGUUCUAUAUUUUGUGAUAAUUGUGGUGACGUUUGUUUUUUAAUAUAAGAUAU